ACGACCGUACAGUGAAAUCCUUGAGUAGGUUUCAGCUAUUUAUAAAAGCCAGUGACAGCUUUUCAGGAGCCUUUUAUUGACUGGUUUAGAUUGUGUGUACAAUAUCCCAUCAAUGCUGUAUUGUUUACCCUGAGAAGAGAAAAUGUAGUGUUUGUAAGAGGGUCACACUGACGGUGAGUUGUAACAUUAGUCGUCUUGCUAACCGAGCGCGGAACGAUAACAAAAUGUGGAGAGGUGUCAUAUUCAUAUAUCAAGGUGGAUAAUUAGAAUAUCGUUUGACAUAUGGCGUCGUGUUGUUAGGGAAGAAAAUAUGGCGGAUAUAGAACACGGUGAAAAGACGUACGGAACAAUAAUUCCACAAAAAGAAUAUGUUUGGGAAGAAAAGGCGCGAAGUUUGAGAGAAAUAUUAAGUCUGUGUCAUAGUCGUCUGCCAUUAGCUGUCAAAUUCGUUGUGGGUUCCGGUGAGUUGUCCAAAUUUACUGGACAACAGGAUGAUAAAGGACAGACGGAUAGAAUAUAUAAUAUAUUGGAAUUACGUCGUAAAAAGAUAAUUCUAGCCAGAAAGUUACAAUGGGACAAGACUGUGAUGGAUUAUAUGGUGACUGGAGAUCAGAUAGAGGUUCCUGCUUCUUAUAAAGGUUGGUUUGAGGUGGUACCAGAAGAUGGCCGACCUGUGGAAUAUUUCGAUACUGUUGGUGGUAUUACCAGCGUUAAACCUAAACGAUUUCUAGUAAGAACAUCGACAGUUGGUUAUCAACUUAGUGUAGAAGAUGGCGUUAGUUGUUGGAUGCCGUGCGAGAUUAAGUCGGGAGAAGUUCUUACCACGGGUAUGGUAUACAUGGACAAUAAGAAAAGCAAAUCUCAUUCUCAGAUGAGAAAUCUGUUUCGAAAAAUUCUGAAAACGAAUAAAAAUGCCAAGAAGGAACAGGAUUUGAAAUAUUUACAGUGCUAUGAUUCUAGUGGGAAAGAAAUCAUGAUUCCUCUUAUAAUGUCCGGUGUGUUUAGUCCAGUGGGUGAGUCGAAUAAUGCUAAUUAUGACGCUGUGUACGAACUUCAAGACCUUAUCAUGGCAUUCGGACUUCCGGUUAGUUCCCAGCUUAUUCAUUCGUUCAGCAAAAGUGACACUACCUGCCCUCCUGGUGUUUUAAGACUUGAGGGUUGUAGAGAAGAGGAAUUUGUGUAUCUCGAAUCCGUUCCUUCAGCAGAUCCGACUGCAGCAUUAAUUCAAGGCGAAAUUCCGUUAGACAGCGAGUGUACGUUUUCGAGGGAACUAAUCAAACAUUCGCGAAAAUCGAAAGAAAAACCUGAGGAAAUAGAAAUAAAAGACAAAGAAUUGUCAGCGCCUGUCACCUCUCCGCCUGUCGAACCUAUUUACUCCAGUUCUUCUAUAGCGCUCCCGGAAAGGGUCGAAAAGGAAAUGAAAAAAUCAAAAAGUGCGAUCCUUUUGGAUAAAUUAAGUGUAAGACGAACUAAGAAGGAAAGGGCUAAAUUAAAGGCGUUAAAAGAGGACGAUGUGUUUUCGAAGCGUUUAAGCCGCGGGGAAAUAACUUAUGAAGAUUUUUACAAUGGCUUAGAUGAAGAAACGAAACCGGAAGAAGAUAAAAAUGCCAAAACGGCUAAAAGUUCGGACAAUGAUUCGGAAACGUAUAAUAAAUCUACUAGCUAUAAUAAUGCAAAUGAUACUAGUCUAACCAGUCCAUAUGGAACGACUCGUUCUAGCAUUCAGGAUAGAGAUUUGCCACCUAUUCCUGGUGAAUCUAAACCUCAUAAACCUAAUAAAAUAAAUGACACUGACAUCAGUGAUAAAGAAUCCUUAUAUGAACGCUUGCCCCCUGCUCCUGAACCGCCUAAAAUGAGAGACAUGCGACAGAAUUCCAAUCCCUAUGACGACGAAGAUGAUGGAGGGUACAUGGUUCCUAAGAACCUACGACAAGAUUUUGACUCGCCUUAUCAGAUGCGUAGUGAUGUUUAUCGUCGGAAACCCCCGUCCGGAUUUCGUGACCCAUCUUCUCGAUAUAUCGUAAAGCAGCGUAGUUGUGAUGAACCGCGAUCAGGGUGUACCAGAACUGAGGAACAUGAGUGUCCAAUAGAUAUAGAUAAUUUAUUUAGUUUUGCUUAUAGUCAAGAUCCAGCCGCAAAACCGUAUGGCACAAUAGCUUCUAAUCAGUACCGUAGUACCUCUCAGCUUUAUGGUUCAACUCCAGGAACCCGUAAACCGUGGAUACACCAUACUGCUUCAGACGCGGAUUCACGGUUUAUGGAUACUUUAGAUCUUCAGACUAGAAAUAAAAGUGGUAAUAAUAUUCGUUACAAAUCGCGAUCUCAGAAAAAUAUUAAUAUGGACGCCAACGCUACCAUUCGAAGUCACAAUCUGCGAAAAGUCAAGAAUGCUAUGGAAGUUUUUCAUUUUACCGAUUCGUUUCGUGAUCUUCGAACUGAAAACGGAGAAGGUGGUCAAGGUGCCGGUGUUACCACUAACCCUUAUAAUGAUGGACCUAAUGCGGUGUUUUAUUUGGGUAAUGAUAGUACACUGUAUCCUGAUAGUGAACCAGGAUACAGACGUUAUCAAAGAUCGGUAUCGGCCAACGGCAUAAGUGGAUUAAGCGAAUCUUACAUUAAACAGGGCGAUGAUUCCGCCAUCUCCCUGUGUUCUCGGGGAGAGUACGGCUAUCAUCCGGACAGUGAUUACUCGUACGGCGAAUACGGCGAAUGGCCGGACGACGGAUGGAGUCCACCGGGUCGUAUAGAACAUCUGACUGUUCAGGAAAUAUCUAAAUCUCUUCGCUAUAUCGGAAUGAAAGAUCGAGUGGUUUUGCGAUUUGCUAAUGAACAAAUUGACGGAGAAAUGUUGUGUUCUCUGGAUAAAAAAUUACUAAAAGAGGGCUUUCCAGAACUUAAUGCCUUAGAGAUUAAAAAGAUAGUUGAUUUUGUGCGAGGGUGGAGACCAAAGAAAAGAAAUAAUCAAUGGGAGUGUUACUAUGCUGACAGAAAUAAGAUCCAUUAGAACCUGUCCAGUGGUAUGUCCUUCAUCUUAAGCAUUUUAUAUACAGCGUUGCUCUGGCUGAGCUUAUAUGGCAGUAUGUUAUAAAUAAUAAUUAUUAUCCAUCCAUGCACGAGUAGCUAUAUUAACUUGUUAAAGCUAUGAUCUUUCUUUAAUGCUCAUCAGCGUGUGUGUAAUUUUGUAGUAUGAAUAUAUUGUGUGAGAUGGUACCUUGUAAUAUGUCGACAUUGUAAGUGGUCCUUAUUACAUUACAUGAUUUCUAAUAUGUCGACAUUGUAAGUGGCCCUUAUUGUUUUGGUCGUUGGUCAGCGGAUGUGCCCUUUUGAAACAAAAACAAAGUAUCGAAAUUCUUAAUUUUUUAUAUGUUAUCUGUAACAUCGGGUUCUUCAGGCCAUCUGGUACAUAUAUACACACACAGAAGGGUAUCCCGGAUACUUGUCUGUAGUAGUAUAGCCGACAACGACUCCCACAGCAUCGUAACCUUUAAAAAUUAUUCAGGUACUGUUCAGGAAAUACAUUUAGGCAUUCAAAUCGGGUCUCGACAGAUGCGAUUUGCAUGCUUAGAUGAAUUUGAAUAGCUAAUUGCUUUAGAACGUUUGUUUCGUUGGUAACCCGCUCUUGUUUGAAAGCAUGAUCUUGUAAUUGUAAUAACGAUUUUAAUUUAUGUACAAUAAAUAAAUAAUAAAGUUUGUUGUAGGAAAACUAGAUAAUGCAGAUGUUGGGUGAAAGUGAAUUUACGUAAACUUGUCAAUAAAAUGUUUGAAUUAAACUGUUACGAUAGCAAGAUGUUGUAAUUUUGUGAAUGGUUGUUUGAAGUGCAGUUUGGUACCACAAGAGGGUAAAACAGUAUAAAUGUUUGUGUGUGGUAUGCAAAUACUGAGGGUAGUAGUUUGAAUUGAUUGGUCGCUACAAAUGUGUUUUGGGACCGUAAGUUUGAGAGAUGUUGCGUGAUGAAUUAAUUUUAGAAGGCUCAAUGUCGUUGGUUCUCAGCAUGCCGAUUGUUCAUCGCCGAUAUUUUAUUCAUCAUCGAUGAUGAUUUUUCGUUUAGAUCGUAUUGGGUCUUUUGAUCGGCGGGCCUGUGUGCACUUUUUGUCCCCUGAUUGUUUGGAAUGAUUUUUUUGCAAACUUACUGGCUAGUGUGUGGCUGCUUAAUGUUCGUUAGUAGAAAGUGUUGCUUGCUAUUAAAUAUUUGGUCUAAAGCAUAUUUGCAAAGAACUUUUGCAUGCAGUUGACUAUUUUAUGGAUAACUAUAACCUUAAAUCCAGUUCCAUGCAGGGGUGAUAUCGCAGACUACAAAAUGGUCAUGGUAAUCGUUUUAGAUUAUAUAGAACUCUACAUGUUGUCGUAUAUAGACCGCACGUACAUGUUAAACCUUUCUAUAUCUUCUACGUUACAGUGGAAAUCAAAAAGGAUUAUCAGUAAAGAUUAUCAGCGAAGAUUAACGGAUUUACUCCUUUUGUGUGUACACGUAUGUCACUGCUUUAGAUUAAAUGGGUUAGCUGUGGUUCGACUGACAUUGGUUGACAAACAAUUGGCUUGUCCAUUGUCGCAUGAAUUGUCUAAUAUAGAUUUUAUUCGAAUUCUUUUUCAGCGCCAUUGAAAAAAUAAUAUUCAGUUUUUCAGUCAUUUGAUAUAUAUAUAAUGUAUAUUUGAAGAACCCAUUACCUGUAUGUUUUGGUUUAUAUUUAUGUAUAUUAUACUUAUAUGAUGCCAUAGUUAAUAUAAUAACCCGCGUAACAGAUACUAUAUGUCGACGAACAAACACCACUGCAACCAGGGUAAUGGAAUUAAAGCGAUCUUUAUUCACAUUCCUUUGUCUAACUAUAGAUCUCAAGCUUUCCAUGAUUAGAAAACGAUACCUCUAAAAUAUAUCUUUUUUUCAUAUAAUAUAUAUAUAAUGAACUUGAUGAUGCUUAAUUCAUGUAUAAAUAUUAUCAUAUAUGUAUAUUUAUUGCCACCAAAAGCCAAAACGACUUUUUGUCCUCAUGACUUUAAUAUAUUGAGUGUUUUCAUCUGGUCCUGAUAUGUUGUCAUGGCGACUAAUUUUUGUGAUAUAUAUUAUAAUUGUUAUCUUUGUCAACAUAUUGAUUAUUGUAUAUACUGUCUAUAAAUAAAAUUAUUAAAAAAUC